UUCCCAAUUUAUCAUAAUCUUCUCCACACAUACAUAUGGCCAACCCAACCAAAAGUCUAGUCUUCAUCGUCUUCUUCCAUUUGUUCAUUCAAAUCUCAACUGCUGCCAACUACAAUGUGAUAUCAUUUGGUGCAAAACCCGAUGGAAAAACGGACUCGACCCAAUCAUUUCUUAAGGCGUGGACGUCUGCAUGUAGCUCCUCCACACGAUCCACCAUCAACGUCCCUAAGGGAAGGUUCUUGCUCACACCCAUCACGUUUAGAGGUCCAUGUAAGAACAAAAUUACAUUUUUGUUGAACGGAACACUUGUUGCACCUCUUGACUAUCGUGCCCUUGGAGAUUCUGGGUAUUGGAUUUUGUUCAUCAAAGUCGAUGGAGUUUCUUUCGUCGGUGGCACUAUUGAUGGAAAAGGCACUGCCUAUUGGGCUUGCAAGAACUCUGCAAAAAACUGUCCUCCAGGAGCUAGGUCAAUAACGUUCAAUUGGGCGAACAACAUAAUACUUAGUGGGUUAACAUCAAUCAAUAGUCAACAAACUCAUGUUGUGAUCAAUAGCUGCAACAAUGUGGUGGUGAAGAAUGUGAAGAUAAUGGCUCCAGACCAAAGCCCCAAUACUGAUGGUAUUCAUGUGCAAUCCUCCACUAACGUAACCAUCACUGGAAGUACCAUUAAAACUGGAGAUGAUUGCAUUUCUAUUGGUGAUGGAACAAAGAAUUUGUUUAUGAGUGAUAUCAAAUGUGGGCCUGGCCAUGGCGUAAGCAUCGGAAGCUUAGGAAAAGAGGCCAACGAAAACGGAGUUGAAAAUGUAACAUUGAUAAAUGCAGUGUUCACGAAAUCCGAUAAUGGUGUUAGGAUAAAGACAUGGCCUACACCUAGCAAUGGUUUCGUUAGACAUGUUAUCUUUCAAAAUAUCGUCAUGAUCAAUGUUAAAAAUCCUAUCUUAAUCGAUCAAAAUUAUUGUCCCAACCACCAAAGUUGUUCUCUCCAGAGUUCUGGAGUGAAGAUUAAUGAUGUGACAUACAAAAGUAUUGAAGGAACAUCCGCAACGUCAGAAGCUGUAACAUUUGAUUGUAGUUCUAGUAGUCCGUGCAGUGAUAUAAAAUUGGAAGACAUAAAGCUUACGUACAAAAACAAGACAACAAUUUCAUCAUGCAAGAACAUUGGUGGAUCGAGUAUCGGACUUGUGGUGCCCGAGACUUGCUUUUGACCAAAUUAACUGACACUCCAUAUUAAUUGUGUUAGUGCUUUCUUUUCAUAUUUGUUUGUCUAAUUGUGAGAAUAUAUUUCUUAAAGAGAAAGAAAAAGAAAAUAUAUCAUAAUGUGUGUUUAGUCAAAUCUUCAUUAAUUGUUCUUAUAUUCUUCUUCUUAUGAUUAUAUGUAUAUAAAAUGUACCAAAUGUAGCUAAAUCUGAUAUGAUCUAGAUUGUUUCAUAUUUAGGUCCUUAUUAUCUUAAA